CUAUACCUACGGCAGUUGUCCUACGUCUGUACAUCCAGGGUUCGUUCUGUGUAUUUGUAUAUAUUAUUUCGUAGGCUUCUCUAAUCACCACUAUGGCGAAGAAGCAAUCAGGUAAAGCUGUCAAGCGCAUCAAAGCUUCUAACGGUGACAGUGUGAAAGUACAGAGGAAACAAAAUGCAAAGAAGGUUACCAAAUCUAAAGACAGCAGCAAUGUCAACAAGCAUAGUAACACCAAUAAUAAGAAGGGCAAAGGUGGCAAUCAAACAGCUAUGGUGAAUGUGGACAAGAAUGCCAAACAAGGCAAUAAACGUGCAAAGGCGUCUAAAGGAAAAGGCGCUAAGUACACAGAAACGGAUAUUAAGGACUUGAAAUCAAAUAUAGAUGAACUGAUGGAUAUGAUGGGGUCAGACUCAGGCGAUGAGGACGACGAGGGCGAUGAGAUGCCCCAGGAGGUGGGUG